UUCGAUCAUUUCUGAAAGGUUCUUGCUAUCAUCCUACAGUGCAGAUCAACUUCUCCAAAGACAGACAGAGACUGUGACACCACUAUGCAGCUGUUCCUCUUCCUGUUUGCUCUGGCUCUGGGUGCUGUGUCUCCUUCAGAUCAAGAUCAGACAAGGCUACAGCGUGCAGGCUGUCCUAUGUUCUGGUACAAUUUCAACGGUCGCUGCUACAAGUACAUCAGCACACCUACGACGUGGGCUGAUGCAGAGCUCUACUGUUUGUCACUGAGAGCAAACCUGGUGUCUAUACACAGUCUAGAAGAGAAAAACUUUGUCAAACUCCUGAUUAAAAACUACGACCAUUCAGAGAGGUGGACCUGGAUUGGACUCAGUGACAUUCACAAAGAAGGCAAUUGGAUGUGGUCUGACGGCUGCCAGGCCAAAUAUUUCUUUUGGGCGUCAGGCCAGCCUGACAACGCGAACGGUGAACAUUGUGUCCACUACAAUUUGGGCAUAGAUCUAAAAUGGAAUGAUUUACCUUGUUCUCAUUUGGCUCCCUCUGUUUGUGCAUCUCGCAUAAACUGUCCAUAGCAACUGAGAUGUAAAAAUGGUCUGAUUCAACCUGGUUAUUGCUCACCUGUUACUCUGUUUUUUAAUAUGUAAGAUCAAACACACGUAUACACUUUCAUUUGUGUACACAAUACUUGUUUUAUUUUUUGCAUUUUGUACAAUAAAUGUACAAACACCCUUUAAAUCAUAUUUGCUCUAAAUAUGAAGACUAUGUAUAUUAAUUUAAUAAUGUGUGUCUGUUUGUGUUGAAUUUUGAAUCACAAAUAAACGGUUUCUUGCUUAUGGACUGUCAUGCCAUUUGCAAGGAUUAUAAAAUAC